AUGAAUGUAAUCCCUAGAGGUGUAGGGAAUUACACCGACUUUCAUGGUAUCACAGCCAUUAGCAAGGUUGUCUCCUUUCUCUACCGAAUAUCAAUUUUUUCCCCUAUCUUUCUUCCUAUUUUACUACUGUCCUUGUUAACAUCUUGCUGCACUUCUAAAAUCCCUAGUGCUAUUCUCACUAUGGCUUCUUCAUCCUCUUUUCACCAUGCUUUAACAGUCACCAAUAUCAAGAACCAAGUCCCAUUAACGCUUGAUAUGGAGACAGUUCAAUAUUCAUCCUGGGUUAAACUCUUCCGUUUGACAUGUAUCGUAUACAAUGUUCUUGAUCAUAUUGACUCUACAGCUCCUCGUUCUUCUGAUAUUGAUACAGCAUUGUGGAUGCGUCUCGAUGCAGUGUUAAAACAAUGGCUAUAUGCCACAAUCUCACCUGAUUUUUUACAAACCAUUCUCAAACCCAACGCUACCGCUCACGAGGUAUGGACCCGUGUAGAAGAACUCUUCCAUGAUAACAAAAACACUCGAGCAGUUUUUUUAGAAACUCAAUUUAAUAAACUUGCUCUAUCUGAUUUCCCUAAUGCAUGAAGCUACUGUCAGCAAAUAAAACUUCUCGCUGAUCAACUCGCCAAACUCGACCAACCCGUUUCAGGUCAUAAGAUGGUCUUGCGCUUCGUUGCUGGCCUUCCGAAAGCCUAUGACACCGUAGCCACUAUGAUUCAACAAUUAGACCCUUUACCAAAUUUUUAUCAUGCCCGCUCUAAGUUACUCCUAGAAGAGUCACGACAGGCCCAAAAAAAUGAACCCGCCCCCUCUGCUAUGGUUAUACCGCCACCUCCCUCCAACAUUCCUCCUACUCAAAAUUUCGAUUUUCCGAAAUCCAGUAAC